CCUAGGAAAGCUGGAAAGACAUCACUGGUUAACAAAUUAGUUAACUAUCCAUUAAUCAAGCCAAGUCUUGUAGAAUCAACAAAAUGUAUCUUUAGAACGCAUUUCUGCAAAUAUAAUGGAGUAAGAAUUUUAGAUUUGGAGCAAACUGCAAUUCAAAAUAAAUCUUUCACAUCAAAAGAGGAGAUGAAAGAAUUUUUAACUACACAAGAAGGAAGCAUACAGAAUUUUUCUGCUGUAGAUAUUUUCGUUGAAACUGAAGAGUUACAGAGAGUGUGGUGUUUAACGGAACUGCCCGAAAGUGUUUUUGACGCACAAUGGUAUCCCAGCUUUUCAACAGACGUUUUAAUUGUGAUUGUUGGAAUUUCUGAUAUUUGUUUAACACAUCCUGAAAAGCUGAAGAAUAUGCUGUCUGCUUGUCAUCAGAAACUCGUUAACUCUGAAACAAGAAAAACGUAUUUUGUGACCAACAAAUGGGACACCCUUGACGAUGACGACAAGCGUGAAAGUAUAAAAAUAAUGCAAAGUUUCAAAACAAUGCUAUCAGAAUGUUGGCCAGAUCCAAUAACAGAAGAACAUUUAUUUUGUACGAGUUUAAGUAAGACAACAACGUUUGUACAAGAUAUGGAAAAACUGAAGAAAGAAAUACAGGAUACGGCAACUUCAUUUUUUCAUUUCUCAGCCGAUGAAGCGAUGGAGAAGACAAUGUCCAUCACCCAGUAUUUACUGAAACUCUUUCAAAAUGAGGAAUUUCAAGAACACUUCAAAAAAGAGCUUCCAAAUUUGCCGGACAUCAUAGUGAGAAAACAAAAAGAAAUAAAGUCCACGGAAGCAAUUGUUGUUGUUGCAGGUGACACGAGUGCAGGGAAGACUUCAUUUAUCAACAAACUGCUACGACGCCAAAUUUUUGAACCGAGAACCCUAGCCUCGACCGCAUGCGUAUGUAGAAUUCGCAAAUCAAAAGUAGAAAAAAUAGAAUUUUACACUACAGAAAACGAUUUUUUAUGUUCCGUGGACAUUGAAGGCCCUACAAUGUUGUUUGAAAAACUUCGCAGUUACACAGAACUCGACAAAAAGAAACAGAUCAACGGGAAAGACAUACACUACGUCGAUAUUUACAUGUCCUCUGAAACAUUGCAGAACCACAUGGUACUCGUUGAUACACCUGGUAUUGGUUUCAAGAAAUCUCUCGAUGAAAUUCUUUUCGAUUAUCUUCCUAAUGCUUCAUGCUUCAUAUUUGUCGUAGACGCUGCAAAUGCUGGAGGAUUCCGAGAAAACCGGUUGCUGCGGAUUCUGAAAGUUGUGGUAGACAAACAAGCCGAGAUGCCCUUCUUCGAUAUAAAAGAUGUAAUAUUUUUGACAAACAAAUGGGAUAAUAUUGAUAGCGAAGAUGACAGUUCAGACGAAGACGAAGAGUUUUUAAGUACAGAAGAGACCCAUGGGGGCAGUGACAAAGAAAAAACAUUUUCCCACAUCUUGGAUACUCUAUACCGGGAAUGGUCCACCUUAUCGAAAGAAAAUGUUUAUAAAGUUUGUUUAAAACAGAACGAGGGUGAAUAUGAAGACGAUUUCAGGCGCUUUGAAAGAAAACUUUUAGGUGUUGUGGAGAAAACCAAAAACAGGUUGAUGUUCGAUCAUUUAAG